AUGUGUCAGAGGACUUGUCUAAUUAGCGGCACAAAGCAUCAAAUAGUGAAUGAUAAGAACAAGCUGGAAUUUUACAAUGAUUCUUUUCAUGUUGUGGCAAUUUCUCCUUCAGGUGUGUUCAUUAUGUUUGCCAAUUGCAUUGAACACAUCAAGGUGAAUCACAUUCAAUGGAAAUGGGGACCCUGUUACCCAAUCGUCAAUCUCCCUGCUGAUGUGAGUUUGCCCUCCUGA